GUCACCUGUAAGGAACGAAUCAUCGAGAGCGUCACAAACUAAAUUGCUCCUGAUAAGAUAAGAUUGGCGAGGCGCUCAGUCGACCAUGCGGCCUCCCACCUGCAAUCAGCUCUCCCCCCGCAAGAAGAAGAAAUCCGUCUUCUUCAGAGCCCUGUCCGCCGUGUCUUCCGUCGACGGUCUGUCUCGCUUCUUCCUCACCAACCUCUUCCGCGGUAGGAAUCGGAUUCGUGUCUAUUCCAAGCAGAGUAUCACCCAUGUCAGCCCCUCGCCGAUCUGUCUCAAGGAGGAGCGCGGUGGGAGCUUAGAGCAAGAGUACGAACUGAAAGAAGUGGUGAAAGAAGGACAUGAGCGGGCAGAUCCUUCUCAGUUCGAACUCCUCAAGGUUCUUGGCCAAGGCUCCUUUGGAAAGGUUUUCCUUGUUCGGAAGGUGGUCGGAGCAGAUAGUGGCACUCUAUAUGCUAUGAAAGUUCUCAAAAAAGCAACAUUAAAAGUGCGUGAUAGGAUGAGGACAAAAAUGGAACGUAAUAUAUUAGUAGAUGUUCGCCAUCCAUUUAUUGUCCGUCUCCAUUAUGCCUUUCAAACUGAAGGCAAACUCUACCUCAUUCUCGAUUUCCUUCGGGGUGGUGAUCUCUUCUCUAGGCUCAAUAAAGAGUUGAUGUUCACAGAAGAAGAUGUCAAAUUUUAUCUUGCCGAACUGGCACUUGCCCUCAAUCAUCUUCACAGCCUAGGAAUCAUUUACAGAGAUCUGAAACCAGAAAACAUCUUGUUGGACGAAGAAGGCCACAUAUCACUGACAGACUUCGGCCUCAGCAAGCAACCAAUCGAUGACCAAAAAGCUUACUCUUUUUGUGGCACCGUGGAGUACAUGGCGCCAGAGGUAGUCAAUCGUAAGGGUCACUCAUUUGCAGCAGACUGGUGGUCUUUUGGUGUACUUAUGUUUGAGAUGCUGACUGGCACCCUGCCAUUCCAAGGAGCCAACAGAAAAGAGACAAUGACUCAGAUUCUGAAAGCUAAACUUGGGAUGCCGCAGCAUUUGUCGCAGGAAGCUCAGUCUCUUCUCAGGGUACUAUUCAAAAGAAAUCCAGCCAACAGAUUAGGAGCCGGUCCUGAUGGGGUUAAUGAAAUUAAAAGUCAUUCAUUUUUUGCCACUAUUGACUGGGAUAAACUACUUAAGAAAGCUAUUCAGCCUCCGUUCAAACCUGCGGCUCAGAGAGCUGACGACGCAUUCUAUUUUGAUUCAGAGUUCACUUCAAAAUCUCCCAAAGAUUCCCCGGGAGUCCCUCCUUCUGCCAAUGCCCAUGAACUCUUCCGUGGCUUCAGCUUCAUUGCACCCUGCCUACUUGAGCCAGAGGAGCAGCCUGUGAAAGUGAUGGAACCUUUAACUAGGAUGCCAUACUCGAAACCUAAUCCUAUAAGUGAAGAUUACGAAUUGCGUGAAGAAAUUGGCAGAGGAAGUUACUCAGUUUGUCGUUUGGCCCUCCAUAAAGCAUCUAGGACCGAAUGGGCUGUUAAGGUUAUUGACAAAUCUAAGCGAGAUUGUCAAGAAGAAGUAGACAUACUUCUGAGGUAUCGAGGGCAUCAAAACAUUGUCUACUUAAGAGAUGUCUAUGAAGAUGACAACAAUGUUUACUUAGUUAUGGAAUUAAUGCGUGGGGGAGAAUUACUGGACAGAAUUCUUAGGCUUAAAGCUUUCUCAGAACGUGAAGCCUCUGCGAUAAUGCAAACAGUCAUUUCUACUGUUAAUUAUCUUCAUCAACAUGGGGUUGUCCAUCGUGAUUUGAAGCCAUCCAAUCUAUUGUAUGCCUGUGAAAGUGCUAGUCCUGAAGGGUUACGCCUUUGCGACUUUGGGUUUGCAAAACAACUUAGAGCUGAAAAUGGUUUACUGAUGACUCCAUGUUAUACAGCAAAUUUCGUUGCACCAGAAGUUUUGAAACGUCAAGGCUACGAUGCAGCAUGUGAUAUCUGGUCUCUCGGAAUUCUGCUUUACACUCUUUUAGCUGGACGAACACCUUUCGCCAACAGUCCCACUGACACACCAACAGAUAUUCUUCAAAGGAUAGGAGACAGUAAAAUAGACUUAGAUUCUGGUAACUGGACUAAUAUUUCUGCUGAAGCAAAGGAUCUGGUGAGAAAAAUGCUGCACGUAGAGCCUGGUCGAAGGCCAACAUCUUCAGUGCUCCUGCAGCACCCUUGGCUAAGCGCCAGGAGCCGCCUGCCAACAUCAAGGCUCAUCACGGGAGAGGUAUCUGUUGUUAAGGGAACAGUCGCUGCGACGUACAGGGCUGUAGGCCCAAGAGCUCCCAACCUGGGUCCUGUUGUUAUGUCUGAGCUGGCUCGCCGCCGUAGGAAAUCCAGACCGAAAUCAACUGCACAAGUCUAGCCCAUUGCCUGUUUGAAUUAACAACUGUUCACUGUUGUUUUUUCAAUUGAAUGUUUUCCUUUCGCAUUGUCUCCAGUGCUAAAUUGGGUGUAAAAAUGAGCAUUGAAAUCAUUUUUGAGCAAUGCUGUUGAAAAUAUGUCGAAUCGGUGCAUAUUGUUUGGUUUAGUUCUUAACUUGACAAGAGAUUUAAAAAACUUGUUUGUUAUAGAAGGAGUUUUAGGUGUUUAAAAUAUUAUUUGUCUUCAUAAAAUGGAUGUUAACCAUUUUUUAUUCUUUGAGGAUAAAUUCAUUAAAGUUGUUCUCGAAUUAUUUUGUCUUUUAAUUAUCAACUUAUUGUUUUUUAUAUUUUAAAUAUACAUGGGCCAGUUGUACAAAAUGAAAAUAGUUUUUGAUUCGUAGACAGAUGAUGCUAGUUGAAAGUAUUUAUUUUUAUUUUUGUAUUGUAUUAUUUAUAAUUAUCCCUGUUGAAUGAUAUUCAAAUUUCUACAAUCUUGUUAUCAUAAAGUUAAAAGAUCAUGGAUGAAUAUAUUUUUAUCGAAUUUAGUAGUUCAACAAUAGGAGUAAGUAUAGUUAUUUUUAUAUCUUCCUACUAAAAUUCCUUGACUUGCAACUUUAGAGUUAAGGUUUUUCUUUAACUUUUGACUGAGUUAAGUAUACUAUCAUGCGCCUUCUCGUAGAGAAGUACUUAUGUGUGAAAGGUUAUAGCAAAGUGAAAAUAAAUUUUUAACAAUUAAUAAAUUUAUUUUAUUUAUUUAUUAUAAAUAUAAUAUUUUAGUUUUAUAAAAUAACAACCUAAUUUAUUGUUUAGCAUAAACUAUAGAUUUCAAAAUAUUAAUAAUUUUUAUUUCAUUAUAAUUAACAUGAUAAUUAUUAAUCAGCUUAAUACCAAAUUCUCAGUACAAAAUUGUUUUUUAUUGUCAAGUACGACUGGCCCUGAAAGUACAGUCUUUGAUCUCAUCGAGUCGAAAUCAUUGACUCGUAAGAUAGAUUAGUUUAUUGUUACGGGUGUUUUAGUGCAGGAUAUUUGUCAUCAUAAUUAUUUUGCUGUCAGCUAAAUAGUUGUACCUGUCUAUUUUAAUAAGUUGAUUAUCACUAAUCAAAUUUUAAUGAAUAUGAAUCAUAUAUUUUUUGUACAAUCGGUCCUUAAACUAUUAUAAGUGGUGUAGUUCUUCCAAAAUAUUCGAGCUAUGAUAGUGUACUUUAAAAUUGUUAAUUUUUUAGUCACUGAAAAAUGUGGAAAAUAAUCCUUAAUAUCAUUAUAAGAAGCAUUUAAAUAGUUUUGUUAAUUCUUAAAAAAAUAAAUAAAGUUACCGAAUAUAUUCAAAAGCUUUGUUAGAAUGGUUAAGAAUUUUAUAUUUGUAGGUUGAAGUAGACUGAUUGUCUCUUCCACAAGCUACUUGCCUGGAAAUAAUGCUUGUUUAGCUGUAUACGAAAUGUACUAGAUGGUAGUUGACAAUCAAUUAUGAACCAUAAAUUUUGCUUAGCUUUUUAUGCAAUUUUAAUCUGGUUUACUUUUAUGCUUUAUAUGUACAUCUCUGAAGUUUUUAACUUGUGAAUUAUAAACAUUUUUUUUUUAAUUAAAGAAAAAUAUUAACUGAAAAUUAUCACGAAGGCUUUUUUAACUGAAUAAAGGAUAUUCAGUUAUAAAUGUGUGCCAAAUAAUUAUGAAAAUAUUUUAUUCUCAUGUGUAUAUGUAUAUGAAAAAUUUUUUUUUGAUCAUCUUCGUUAAUAUUUUAAAAGUAGUUAUAUGAUUUCAAAUGUAUUUUUAUAAUUUAAAUAUCAUUUGAUGAAUGAAUCCCAUCUUAAAUGUUAUUUUUAAAUUAGUCCUUAGUUAUCACAUUAGUAAAAUCAUGUACCAAUGUUUUGCACCCGUAACACUAUAGUUUCUUAGUGUAAUGAGUAUGCUAUUUCAUAAUUUAUGAAAAUUGUAGGAAGAAGGCAAUUUUGUAUGCUACAGAAGUGAGGCCUAACAUUGUAAUAUAACAAUAGUUAUUUAUGUAUAUUGAGUAAAUAAGUGUAUAUUGUUCAAUGUGUAUAUUUCAUAAAUUUAACUUAUUGUUGUUAUGUUUAUAUUUUAUAAUGAUUACAGUAAAGCGAGCAUGAGAUGUUGAAUCGAAAACUAUAUCAUAAGUUUAUUGUAAAAAAAAAUAUAAAUAUAUAAAUUUGGUUACAUAUAAUGUGAUAAUAUUUUGU